AUGUGGGAGCUCUGGGCUCUCUUGCUCCUUACCCUAGCCUAUUUUUUUUGGCCCAAGGCAAAGCACCCUGGUGGCAAGUACCCCAAGAGCCUCCCAUCCCUGCCCGUGGUGGGUAGCCUCCCAUUCCUCCCCAGAAAUGGCCAUGAGCACAUUAACCUCUUCAAGCUGCAGGAAAAAUACGGCCCUAUCUAUUCUUUUCAAGUGGGUAGCAAGACUACAGUGAUGGUCGGACACCACCAGCUAGCCAAGGAGGUGCUCAUCAAGAGGGGCAAGGAAUUCUCCGGGCGGCCCCAAACGAUGACUCUAGAUCUCCUGUCCAACAAGCAAAAGGGCGUUGCCUUUGCCGACUACGGUGAAGCCUGGCAGCUGCAUCGGAAGCUGGUGCAGGCCGCCUUUGCCUUGUUCAAGCAUGGUGACCACAAGCUAGAGAAGAUCAUAUGUCAGGAAGCCGGUUCACUUUGUGACUUCCUGGACACCCAAAAUGGACAGGCCAUAGAUUUGUCCUUGCCUCUCUUCGUGAAGGUGACCAACAUAGUCUGCUUUUUCUGCUUCAACAUCUCCUUCAAGAAUGGACAUCCUACACUGAAGACCAUGCAGAAAUGCAAUGAAGGCAUCAUGGAUUCUCUGAGCAAUAACAAUAUUGCAGACAUAUUCCCUGCAUUGAGGAUUUUCCCCAAUAAAACCAUAAAGACGAUGAGGGACUGUAUAAAACUGCGAAAUGAUGUGCUAGCUGAAAUCUACGAAAAAUAUAAGGGGAACUUCAGCAGCGACUCUGCUACAAACUUGAUGGAUGUACUGAUUCAAGCCAAGAUGAAUUCGGUCAAUAAUAACGCUGGUUCCGACGAGGAGUCCAAGCUGUUUUCAGAUCAACACAUUCUUGCUACCAUAGGGGACAUCUUUGGGGCCGGGGUGGAGACCACCACCUCUGUGAUGAAGUGGACGGUAGCCUUCCUGCUGCAUAACCCUCAGGUGCUAAAGAAGAUCCAGAAGGAGAUUGACCAGAAUGUAGGUUUCAGCCGCACACCAACUAUCAGUGACCGGAACCACCUCCUUCUGCUGGAGGCCACCAUCCGCGAGGUGCUUCGCAUUCGCCCUGUGGCCCCUAUGUUCAUCCCCCACAAGGCUAUCACUGACUCCAGCAUCGGCGAGUUUGCCAUUGACAAGGGCACAAAUGUGAUCAUCAAUCUGUGGGCGCUGCAUCACGAUGAGAAGGAAUGGUGCCAACCCCACCAGUUCCUGCCCGAGCGCUUCCUGGACCCCACGGGGAGCCAGCUCAUCUCGCCGUCGUUAAGCUACAUACCUUUCGGAGCAGGACCUCGCUCCUGUGUAGGGGAGAACUUGGCCCGCCAGACACUCUUCCUCUUCCUGUCCUGGAUGCUGCAGAGGUUUGACCUGGAAGUCUCAGAGGACGAGCAGCUGCCCUCCCUGGAGGGUAUCCCCAGCAUGGUCUUAAUGAUCAACCCUUACAAAGUGAAGAUUAAGGUGCGCCAGGCCUGGAAGGAAGCCCAAGGGGAGGGCAGCACCUAGGAGCCGUGCUUAGCACUGCAUCGUGUGGCCCCACAGCACAGAACCAGAGGUGGUGCCCCA